CCGCACAUCGAUAUCUUAAAUAAGUCAGUUAACUGAAGUGUGGGAAAUCAAUGCAAAUGAUGCAUUUCCUUGCACAAAAUUAAACAGAUUUCUACAUCCAUAAUCCAAUUGUCCAAUUACCAGUAAUCCAACUAGUGUUAUCUGUAUCUGAAAUUUCCAAUCAAACAACUUCUCCACUUUGACACAUAACACGAAAACUACAUUUCCUCAUUUCGACCACAAGAGAAAUGGAUUGAAACUCAUGACUAUAACAUUAUGACAGGUGAAAUUAUUGUCAACAAAUCAAUGAAGACGUACAAAUCUACUCCAAUCCAUUCAUUCAUGUUCUCGAUUCACUUCAUCCAUGUAUAUAAAUACACACACAUGACGUUGAACAGUCGUCAUAAUUGUACACCAACAAUGAACUCAAUCAAGGUACUCUUCAUUUGCAUGUGUUUAUACACGAUAGUAAAAGUGAUCGAAGCUGAUACAGAGGAUAAGGCCAGUGCAAUACAAGGUGAAGCGUCAGAGAAGAUUGCCAAACCCACUAGGAAGCAUUCCAAACUAGGAAGAUCAUUAGGAAGGGAUAAGAAGAUAUUGUCAACAAAGCUACCAGAUGGAGCGGUCAAAGUUGAGAAGCCGAAACCUGAACAGAGUGGAAUCAUACUGGACCUGAUCGCUGGACUGCUUUAGGAUGCAUGAUGAAGGAAUA